CUGCUGCGUAUGCGUGCCUCCUGGGAUACACCGUGUGAUAGAUCUGGCAGCCCCAUCCGACCUCUCGCCCUAUAAAUUGGGCUACCGGCCGGCGUCUUUUGUUCAUCACCUCCACCUCGCAAACAGAACCAGUACUUUAAUUUCACCUUGCAAAUUCAGUUGAAUUCGGCUCGUUCAGGUUCAGUCGUUUGAUCAUCAUGGCCAGUAUGGCCAAGUCGCUCUUGUGCAUCUCGCUCGUCGCCAUCCUGCUCCUCGUCGAGACUACUGCUCCACAUGGACAAGCUUACGCCAUCGAUUGCGGGGCGAAGUGCGGGUACCGGUGCAGCAAGUCGGGGCGGCCGAAGAUGUGCCUGAGAGCAUGCGGCACCUGCUGCCAGCGCUGCGGCUGCGUGCCGCCGGGCACCUCCGGCAACGAGAACGUCUGCCCCUGCUACGCCAACAUGACCACCCACAACGGCCGCCACAAGUGCCCUUGAUCAUCUCGACCAAUAUAUCACCGCUCGAUCACCGCGCCGCCGCUUUGCUAUCCAACCGACCGGUGAUGAUACAUGGCGGCAACCUUGUGAUGAUCCUAGCUAGCUAGAUGUGCUACCUACUUCGUGCCUGCAUGCAUGUAGCUUGCAUAUGCAUGCUAGCUUUGCUAUAUCGCGUAUUUGCUACUUGGAAUAUGUAUGAUGUGUGUGCAUAUAUAUGUGGCGUGUCGUGAUCGAUCGAUCGAUCGACCGUGUACGAGCAAAUAAGUAAUAUAAUGAAGUAUUUGCUUUUAUGAUUAAA